CGUGAAAUUAAAGAUAUCAAAAAAUUCGUUGAAUUAAGUAGAAGAUCAGAUGUCAAAUCUGCUUCAAUCAAAAGCAACAAAAAAGUUAACGCUGCUGGUAAAGUUUUCAAAGAAACCAAAUUCAAAAUCAGAGGUGCUAGAUACUUAUACACUUUAACUGUUGCUGAUGCUGAAAAAGCUUCAAAAUUGACUCAAACUUUACCAACUACUUUAAAAAUCACUGAAUUAUAA